AAAAGCAAGAAACUAAUACAGUAAAGAGUUUUGUCGCCGCAGCAUCAACGGCCCCGCCCCACCAUGCCAGGGAACCGGAGCCUUGUGAUUACCCUAGCGGUAAUUUUACAAAUCGCUCUUGUGACCGGUAAGGCGUUACUUCCACAAGAUCAACAUGCAGAGCAACAGUUGACACAAAAUGUCCAAAAACGCAGCGGAUAUGACUAUCCAGCACCAUCCGAGGAUUUAAUAAAUCCCUUCCAAGAUCAUGGUCACGACAUUUCAUAUGAUCAUCAUAAUAUUGAUGAUCAUAGCGCCGCCGAUCACGGACAUGAUCACGACAUUCAUCAUGAACAUUAUCAUGAUGAACAUCACUCAGAGGAACAUCAUAUUGAUGAGCACCAUGAUCACCACGACCACCAUGAUCAUCAUGACCCUGGCUACUGGAAGAAGAAGUUGAUUUGGAAACCGGGAUGGAAGAAAAUAUGGAAAAAGGCAAAAAAGCAAAUUUGGAAGCCAUCAUGGAAAAAGAUCUGGAAACCGAUAUGGGUACCAACUAAAAUACCGGUUUGGAAGGAAAUCAAAGUUCCCGAUUGGAAGAAAAUUUAUAAGCCAGAAUGGAAACCAAUAAAAGUACCAGCUUGGAAAGAAGUUAAAGUCCCUGACUGGAAAAAAAUUACUAUUCCUGUCUGGAAAGACAUAGUUGUACCGGGCUGGAAAGAUAUCCAGGUACCAGCUUGGAAAAAGAUUUUUGUACCAGAAUGGGUUAAGGUUGGGGUUCCUGGUGAAAAAUAUUUAGGCAAAGAUCAGGAUGGAUGGGAAUAUACAUCUCACGAUCUUUGGAAAAAGAAGCUCAUAUGGAAACCGGUUUGGAAGAAAUAUUGGAAACCAGCCAAAAAGCAAAUUUGGAUUCCGGAUAAAAAACUUGUGUGGAAAGAUGAAUGGAAACAAAUAUGGAAAACGGAAAAGCAUAUGAUCUGGAUCGACGAUAAGAAAUUAAUCUGGAAAGAAGCUUGGCAGCAAAUUUGGAAACCAUCAAAGAAACUUAUUUGGGUACCUGACAAAAAAUUGGAAUGGAAAGAAGCCUGGAAACAAAUUUGGGUACCAGAUUGGAAAGAUAUAUGGGUACCAGGUGUAAAAAAGAUUUGGAGACCAGUAUGGAUAUCAGAGUGGUUUCCAUCACCAGACCACCACGAGCACGUAGAUAGAAGCGAUAACAAUAUAGCUGCUAGUCAAAAAUCAAUUUCUAUUCAACCAGCACCACAACAACAGCAACAAAAACAGCAACAAAAACAACAACAGCAACAACAACAGCAGCAGCCACGGCAAUCGACGUGGCAGUUUCCAAAAUAAUUUAUAGAAUAAUUAAUGGUACUUGGUUUAAUUACAAUUCAAAAUAAGAUACAACCCUAUCGUGUGGAAAACAUGCCAACUGUAGCCAAAAAAAGGAAUAGUCAAAUCAAAAUCGCAAGUAGGUAUAUAAUCUUUCGACUGAGACCUUACCUUGCGAACAAAACGCUGUGCGAUUGUUUUCUACACACUAUUGGGGUUUGAAUAUUUUUUUGAGUCAUAGAAGUGUCAUAAUCAAGUUUGCUGUAAUUAUUAAAAAGGAGGUGAACUUCUAAGAAGAUUUUAAUGAUAUUUAACGAACAAUAAUUCAUAAUAGUGAAUAUAAAUUACGUUAAAGUGGCCAGAGAAAGCGCGUUUUUAAGUCACUUUGUUGAAAUGCUUUCUA